AUGUCCUUGGCGCCAUACUCAUAUAGACCCGCUACGCCGCCAGAGGCAGCAGCUGUUGACCAGCUUUGUAAUGCUACUCAUAGCCGGAACACCUCUGGCUCUUCAUACUAUCGCAAUAGCUUUUCCCCAGAGUCUAGCUAUACCAAUCUCACCACCCCCAGCAAGUCGCCUGUGCUCCGACAGCACGGACCGACUCUACUUCCAAAGAUCAGGCCGCAAGAUGCGGUUGUUACCUCCUCGUCCGCUGGUGGACCGAGGAGAAACCAUCGUCGCAUGCUGUCAACUUCACAUACUAUUAAGAGCUUCACACCGUAUACUACCUCUCGACCAUCGGUGCAGCGAAGUGUGACAGAGCCUCUCGAAAGUACCACGCUGAUUUCUCCCAUCUCAUCUUCUUCAACUUACUUCGGUCAUCGGGCCAGCUCCACCUUCGAGCCUCCGGUCACUUUUCCAGCAUCACACAACAAGAAGCCCUCGGUUUCCCACUCUCGUUCUGGUUCUGCAUCUAGCAUUGAUGAGAGCAUGCUCAAUCGAUACGGCUAUCCGACGUAUCGUCAAUUGCCUGUGUAUUGUUCCGAGGCAUCUCAAACCCAGCCACUGUCGAUCCAAGCUUCCUCAUCCUACCUGCCAUAUCAACCACCAAUGCCAUCAAUAGAAACUCACGAUUUCGCUUUCCCUUCAACAUAUCCCACUCCUGUGGAGAUGGGGUUUAAUUCAAGGAACUCUUCCAUGACACCACCCCCCUCGGUCGAUCUGGCUCCUAGCGGCAGCCUCUUGACUUACCUCACGGAGCCUACCCAGCCCAUCAACCUUGUUCGACAGCUUAACAUUGCACCUGGCCGCGGCCUAAACAAUUAUUUCUGGUGGGAUGUACGUAACGUACGCUGUUGGGAUACUUUCUCGCUUGACACAAUGUCCUCAAUUCCGGGACUACUACCCCUCCUCAACUUUGCUGUCGACACCACCGCAUUUCCUCAAGGCCCAUCAUCAUCUAGCACAGUGACUCCAGCUUCGGAAGUGGACCUGGCAAAUAUCACUAACAAAAUCUAUUUCCCAAGGGUCAAUGCCGCUAUCCAACUGUCGCAAGGCUCGAGCUCACUCUCACUCUACCAAGCACCGUCAACUGACAGAUCUACGGGCAAUCCCCACUUUCUGGCUAAUUACACCCAUGAUGCUGAUCGCACGCUCAACGGCCUACCUCGAGGACGCGUUGUCGGACUGGUCAAGUCGUUUGACCGCUGGAACACCGGUAUGCGUCGUGAGUCUCCAGCGCGCAAAGUAGACUACCUCAACGGCCUCUCGCAUAUACAGAAAUGUAUGCGCGACCACAGCUGCCGAUAUGGCUUUAUCCUUACCGAAAUCGAGCUCGUCUGCGUGCGAGCAGGCUGCGAUGAGAACGGCCAGCCCUACUUUGGCUACCUCGAAGUCAGCGAGGCCAUUGCCACGAAAAACGCAGCGCCGGCUCCACAGUUUGAUGCCGACGGCGGUACUCCUGAACCGGUGGAGACGCCUCUAACGGUUACACUGGCACUUUAUUAUCUCCUCAUGUUGGCUAAAUCCACCCCUCUGCCUGGUCAACCCAGCUCAUUCAUGGACGUUGGAGGUCCUGGUGCUUUGACAAGACAGCGCAUCUGGUCGGGUAUAGAUCUGGCUGAGAAUGAAAAGGGAAAGGACGGCAAGGAUAAGUGGAUCCCUGAGCCGCAGAUGGGUGAGAAGAGAGAUGCAAAGAGGAUACGUGGGUGGGUUUGGCCCGGCGAUCCGUGGCAUAAGAGAGAGGGUAAUGGAGGCGGAAAGAGAGGCAUUAGAACUUGA